UCAAAUAGAACAAAGUUGUUUGUUUACUUUGGCAAAAGAAGUACGGUGUACCAGAACAGAACUGAGCUCCUCUCCGUUCCCUUGGAUCAGACGGAGACAGAGGGACUUUGACUCAGUUCUCUCAUGGAAGCAUCAAAAUCGUCCUCUGCAGAGGUCAUCUUAGAAGAAUGGAAUGGUUCUUCUUCCACCAAACUCUCCAGAACUGCCACCAUUACCGCUUCCCCUUCUCUCUCCAUCCAAAGGUCUGGUCGCCGACUCCACCAUGUUUGGAGACGGGUUCUCCAAGCAUUUGUACCCGAGGGUUUUCCUAACAGUGUAACUCCAGAUUAUGUACCUUUUCAAGUCUGGGAUUCACUGCAGGGCCUUUCAACGUACAUCCGGACCAUGCUCUCGACACAAGCUCUUCUUAGUGCUAUUGGAGUUGGUGAGAAAUCCGCGACUGUAAUUGGUGCCACAUUUCAGUGGUUUUUGAGGGACCUAACUGGAAUGCUUGGAGGCAUUUUAUUCACAUUCUACCAGGGCUCAAACCUGGAUAGCAAUGCCAAAAUGUGGCGUUUAAUCGCAGAUCUUAUGAAUGAUCUUGGAAUGUUGAUGGACCUGGUUUCCCCCUUGUUUCCUUCAGCUUUCGUGUUUGUAGUUUGCUUGGGGAGCCUAUCACGAUCAUUCACUGGUGUUGCCGGUGGAGCAACUAGAGCUGCUUUGACGCAGCAUUUUGCCCUUCAGAGUAAUGCUGCAGAUAUUUCUGCCAAGGAAGGAAGUCAGGAGACAUUGGCAACAAUGAUUGGCAUGGCUUUGGGAAUGCUUCUUGCUCGGAUUACAAUGGGGCAUGCACUAGCUAUUUGGUUUUCUUUUCUGUCACUCACCCUGUUCCAUAUAUAUGCAAACUACAAGGCUGUCCGAUGCCUUGUCUUAACCUCACUAAAUCCUGAGAGGAGCUCAAUUCUUUUGCAGCAUUUCCUGGAAACUGGCCAAGUUCUCUCACCUGAAAAGGUCUCUAGGAUGGAGCAUGUACUACCCGUAUGGACCACUUCAUGGAGCUCCAAGAGUGCUAAACAGAUACACAUGCAAGUACACUUAGGUGUAAGGGUGUCUUCUCUUAAUCACUCGGAACUGAUGGACCUGUUGCAUUCUGCAGGAUCUCAUUACAAGAAAGCAAAGUAUGUACUAGUGGAGAAGCAGGGAAUUGUCCAUGCUACUUUGCAUAAAGACUCGACAUCUGCAGAUGUCUUGCAGUCAUUUUUUCAUGCCCUUGUUAUGGCAAAUCUUACAGAUAAAAACAAGUGUGUGCAUUUGGAGAGCCAAUCAUGGAUGGAUAAACAUUACGAAGUUUUUAUUCAAAAGCUAUGGUCCUCAGGUUGGAAAACAGAACGACUUCUAUCGCCUUCUAUUGUUUGGAAGGCAAAAUGGAUCUGUGAGCCUUUGGAUGCAAAGAUGGACUAGAGAACUGUUAGAUGACAAUCUAAACAGAGGAACAUAGUCAGUCAUUUUUGGGUCCAGUGCAGUUCUGGCUGAUAAGGAUCUAUCCCAAGCCUCUAGGCGAAUGUGGAGAUUUUGUUGGCGUUACGCAUACGAUUAUUUGUGAAGUCCAUACAUCAUGGAUCUUAUUUAUCACCAUGUGUUGUUUUAAAUUAAGGUUUCAACAACUCUAUUAC